AGAGAGAGAGAGAGAGAGUCUCACACGUUGAGUGAGUCGGGAGACAGACUGAGAGUAGCUUUACGCCAGACUGAGCCGACGAGGCGUAUUUCGAGCUCGCGUCGGGAGUGCGUAAAACCGCAGGAGCGCAUCGAAACACGGCACCCGCUGAUUGUACGUUGGAUCCUACGAGUGUUUGAGCGUCGGAGUUGUCGACUUUAAUUGCGGUUUCUUACAGGAACUGCCCGAGUGAAUUCAGCAGCCGUCGUUUUCUUUUUUCUUUUUUCUGAAUGGACGCGCUGGGAAGCUUCUCCGGUGACAUGGAAAUGCGCGUUAUUGAGCGCGUAGCCGGAUGCUGAGGACGCCCGAUCCUUUAAGUCAAUUUGAGCUUUCAUUUUGAGUUUGUGUCUCUUACUUUCCACCCGACGACAACAUGGAGGGCACGAGCUUCCAGCCCCAUCCCGGACUUCAACAAACUCUGAAGCAGUUCCAUCUGAGUUCCAUGCGCUCCCUCGGCGGGCCGGCGGCGUUCUCCGCCCGGUGGCACCAGGACUCAUAUUUCGGUAAAGAUGGAAAAUCCGUCGAGAUGAUGCUCACCCUCCCGGCCCAGACACCUCCGGUGAUGUCCGGUCCACUUUUCAUCCCUUCCGACCGGUCCACGGAGAGGUGCGAGACGGUCCUGGAGCGGGAGCCCAUCUCCUGCUUCGUGGUCGGCGGCGAGAAGCGGCUGUGCCUCCCGCAGAUCCUCAACAGCGUCCUGAGGGAUUUCUCCCUGCAGCAGAUCAACUCGGUGUGCGACGACCUGCACAUCUACUGCUCCAGGUGCACGGCGGACCAGCUGGAGAUCCUGAAGGUGGUGGGCAUCCUGCCCUUCUCGGCUCCGUCCUGCGGGCUGAUCACGCAGACGGAUGCUGAGCGCCUCUGCAACGCGCUCAUCUACGGCGGUACUUACCCUCCCCACUGCAGCAAGGAGUUGGGCUCCCUGGAGCUGGAGCGAACCGAGAAGAGCUUCAAGGUGUACCACGAGUGUUUCGGUCGGUGUAAAGGCUUGUUCGUCCCGGAGCUGUACGCGGGUCCGAGUGCCGCCUGCAUCCAGUGCAUGGACUGCAGACUCAUGUUCCCGGCCCACAAGUUCGUGGUCCACAGUCACAAGAGGCUGGAGAACCGGACGGUCCACUGGGGGUUCGACUCGGCCAACUGGCGGGCUUAUGUGCUGCUCGACCCGGACUACACCGGCAAAGAGGAGAAGAGUCACCUGGAGCAGCUGCUUAAAGAGAUAAAAGGAAAAUAUGAUCUGUCCGGCAAGCGGUCCAGUAAAUCGUGCAGGGCUCCCAGCCCUGUCCCAGGCAAGAGGUCGAAAUUGGACAAAUUACAAUCUCCAUCUGUCGACAAAGACAAGAAACCCGAAUGGCUGCAAUCGCUGUCAAAGUCUGCACACAAGGAACUGAAACAAGUCCAAAUGAAACAGAGGCCCUCUGCUUUCCGCCCCUGGUCUCCUAAAGCGGCGGAAAAAGAGAAACCAGCUACUCAGAACGAGGCGGAGAGGUCCUUCCCGAAGGGUAAUGAGGCGUCUCCCAACCCGACCGCAGCUCCCCUCGCCCCUCCGGUCCAUCCCGCGGACAGCCACGCUCCCAAUGGAGACGCAAAACCGCCCCCGUCCACUGCCAACGACCAACCGGAAGACAUGGACACAGAUGGAGAGAUCGACGUGGACGACUGUGACGAUCGUCCAGUGCCGCCUUCCUCCCUGGCUUCUCCUCCUUCGGCCUGCACCAACGUUGCUCAGGCUCUGGGCCCUCAGAGUUAUGGUCGACCUCAGGAGGCACCCGGCUGGCUGCCCGGGGCGGUUUGCCCGGAGAUGGACGCCCUGAGACAGAUGCUGUACGGCGGUCCAGACAGCAAAGAGGCCCGGGAAAAACUGCUGCAGGAGAUCGUCAAGUUGAAAGUGAAGCAGGAGGAGAAGCUAUCUGCUGCCAUGCAAGCCAAACGCAGCCUUCAGCAGGAAUUAGAGUUUGUGAGGGUAGCGAAGAAAGGCCGUCUUCGUGAGGCCAUCGAGGCCAAGCGCAACCUGAGAAAGGAGAUCGAACGCCUUCGCGUCGACUGGGAGAGGAAGAUGAGGGACGCGGAGGAGUCCUGUGGGCGGCUGAAGAGGGAGUUGGAGCGGGAGAGGCAGGUGCGAGUUUGUGACAAAGGCUGCGAGGCUGAACGACUCCGGGUCAAGUACUCCACUCAGAUCGAGGAGUUGCACGUGCAGCUGCAGCAGGCGGAAGCUGAUCGCGAGCAGCUGAGGCAGGAGCUUCUGCAGGAGAGGGAAGCUCGGCAGAGCCUGGAGAGCGUUGUUAAAGACCUUCAAGGCCAGCUGACCCUGCAGGCCGACAGAAGCCCCCCCGGAGACACCAAGGGCCGAAAUACAGACGCACACAGACAGAUCACACAACACAACAACGGAUCCUAAAGUUGCACAUUCAGAGCUGGAGAAAGAGACUCGACAAAAAGGAGCAUGGUUAAGGACUUUGCUGCACCUGCAAAGUGGAUUCUGUAGAGGAAAGAUCUGUCAUAUAUAAUAUGAUAUGAUAUAAAUCAAUAUUAUUAUGACAAUUUAUACAUUUUAUGAAAGAACUGGAAAGUAGCAUGAUGUCUCAGCAUGUUAUGAAGCGUGAAAUUAAGAAAGACGUUUUCAGCGAUGACCACAUCUCUUCAGUGACGUCAGAGACACCUGACGCUGUCCAAGGAUUUUAUUUUGGUAUAAGCUAUUCUAAGAUGUGCAAAUAUAGCCACAUAACACUACUUGAAUAUGAAGGGAAGAAACAUGUUGAGUGGUGGAUAAAACUCUUAGUGCCACAAAAUAUUGGUACACUCAAAGGUGUCAUUGCAGACCACUGGAAUCAAGAGACACCAGUUUACCACUAUUUACUUUUAUUAUCCGCUUGCUUUUUAUAAGUAUGUAGAGGAUGUACUUUUUAAGAAAUAUCGCUUGUGCAGCACUGUUAUUCCACAGGCAAGAAAAAACCCAUCCAUAUACAAACAUGUACGCAUGUAUACCAGCUUGUCUACCUUUUGUAUUUUAUAAACCUGAAGUAUUGGAGGUUAGGUGGGCUUCCUUCAGGUCCACCACUGUUUUACGCUUAGACAUUUUAUGAAAGUGUUACUUUUUAAUAUUAUAAUGCAACUUCUAUGUGUUGUUUGAACAUUGUUUUAAAGUCAUUUUUUGCUUAAAAAGAAAAACCAACGUGAUGAAUAGCAAAUGCUCUUUGGCCCAAAUUAGUGCAGAUACGUCAACAAAUGCCCUCCUAAAAGAAACAUUUCAAUAGCUGUCUGUUUUUGUUGAAAUGCGGUACUUCUGAUUUUCUAUUGAGCAUUGUAAAAUAAUUUAUAUUCUAUAAUAAUUUGCUGCCUAUCAAUAGAAAGCAUUACAUUUUUAGUCACUGGUUUUAGGGCUCUUAAAUCAAAAAAAUGCUGUUUAUAUGAACAACAUUUCUACAUAUAUACAAAAUAUGGAUAUAUAUUUUUUUACUUUAAGAAAAGGAAUUGCACUUUUUAAAGACAAGAACCUUGCAGUGUGCAUUGUACUCCCUGUUACAUUUUUCCAAACAAAAGUUAACAUGAACUUUGAAUUUAAGUACACUUUCCCUCAGUAUCCUCUCAUGUAAAUACAAUGAUAUUGUAAAUAAGAUAUUUGUCGGUAUGUUUGCUUGCUCCAGACUUAAAAUUGAUUAUGAAUAUAAUUUUGAGCUCUUACUUGAAACCAAAAAGAGACUAUAUUUGGAUCUGCGAAACUGCAAUUUUGUUGUUGUAUCCCUGAGUAUCAUUGCAAUCACAGGGCGUUUAGCAGAAUGGAUGAAACUGUUGGUUUAAACAAAGAGAGUGAAACCGUCAAAGGUCACGAACCUGUCAGUAUAUUGUCAUGGUUUGACACACCAACAGAAUAUUAGAAUUUGUCCCUUGAUUUUGUUAUUUGAGAAGAUCUUUACUAUUUGAUGAACUAUAGAGUGUAUAUUACACGGCAGACCAAAAAACUGAAAAACACAUUUUAAAUCUCUGCACCAGCGGCUCCCUCAUCAGACAGCAGAAGCAGCACCUUCUGUUGGCUUCUUCCUUAGGUGCUCUCGUAUAUUUUAGACAAGGAACACUUAUGUCUUAUCAUUACCUAUGAUACCCUCGCUCUGUAUUUGUUGGGUACAGUGUAACAUCAAUAUCCAUUUUGUUAGCUGAUGCUGUUGUAGUUUUGGUUUGAAAGGGGGGGGGGUUCACUUGCCUCUUGGUUAAAUGUUUCCUUUUCCUUCAGAAAACUUGUAUAAUACUCAUUAAAAGCUAAACCAAUCC